AUGGAGGAAGAGGAUGAGGAAGCGCGGUCGUUGCUGGCAGGCGGCUCCGAGGAUGCCGGCAGAGGUCCCCCUGCUACUCCCGCGGCCCCCAGGAUCCUGUCGGCCGUCUGCGACCCCAGUCGCCUGGCGCACCGACUUUUGGUGCUGUCGCUGAUGUGCUUUCUUGGCUUUGGUAGUUAUUUUUGCUAUGAUAACCCUGCUGCCCUUCAGACUCAGAUUCAGCGAGAUAUGCAAGUGAAUACCACAAAAUUCAUGUUUCUGUAUGCCUGGUAUUCUUGGCCUAAUGUAGUUUUGUGUUUCUUUGGUGGCUUUUUGAUAGACCGAGUAUUUGGAAUACGAUGGGGCACCAUUAUUUUUAGCUGCUUUGUUUGCAUUGGACAGGUUAUUUUUGCUCUAGGUGGAAUAUUUAAUGCUUUCUGGCUAAUGGAAUUUGGAAGGUUUAUAUUUGGAACUGGUGGGGAGUCCUUAGCAGUUGCCCAGAAUACCUAUGCUGUGAGUUGGUUUAAAGGCAAAGAAUUAAACCUGGUGUUUGGACUCCAACUUAGCAUGGCUAGAAUUGGAAGUACAGUCAACAUGAACCUCAUGGGAUGGCUGUAUUCUCAGAUGGAAGCUUCACUGGGUGCUGCUGGCCCCAUGACCCUUGGAGUCACACUUAUGAUCGGAGGUAUAACGUGUAUUCUUUCAUUAAUCUGUGCCUUGGCCCUUGCUUACUUGGAUCAGAGAGCAGAAAGAAUCCUUCACAAAGAACAAGGACAAACAGGUGAAGUCAUUAAGUUAACUGAUGUGAAGGACUUCUCCUUACCCCUGUGGCUCAUAUUUAUCAUCUGUGUCUGCUACUACGUGGCAGUGUUUCCUUUCAUCGGACUUGGGAAAGUUUUCUUUAUGGAGAAAUUCAAAUUUUCCUCCCAAGCAGCAAGUGCAAUUAACAGUGUGGUGUAUGUCAUAUCUGCCCCCCUCUCCCCAGUAUUUGGGCUUCUGGUGGAUAAAACAGGAAAGAACAUCAUCUGGGUUCUGUGUGCAGUGGCAACCACUCUUGUUUCCCACAUGAUGUUGGCUUUCACGCUGUGGAACCCCUGGAUCGCUAUGUGUCUUCUGGGAAUCUCCUAUUCUUUGGUCGCCUGUGCAUUGUGGCCAAUGGUGGCUUAUGUAGUUCCUGAACAUCAGCUGGGGACUGCGUAUGGCUUCAUGCAGUCCAUUCAGAAUUUAGGAUUGGCGAUCAUUUCCAUCGUUGCUGGCCUAAUAUUGGAUACUCGGGGAUAUUUAUUUUUAGGAGUUUUCUUCAUUGCCUGUGUUUCUAUGUCACUUUUGUUUGUGGUCUUACUCUAUUUGGUGAAUCGUGCCCGGGGUGGGAGCCUAAAUUAUUCUGCGAAACAAAGGGAAGAAAUCAAACUUUCCCAUACUGAGUAA